UGGGUCGCCCGCGAAGUCUGAUCCGGGAUGCGGAGGUCCAAUGGAAAGGUGUGUCCAAAUCCCGCGAGAACAGGUGGCUCGUAGCGACCGAGCUGGCUGAAGCGCGCCGUGCUUUCUAACGUUGCUGUUCCGCAGUUCUCCUGGCCUUCUGCCCCCUCCCGGGGGAAGAAGGAAGGCACUGGUGGGUUUCUCCAGUUCUGCAUCCCGAUCCGUGCGAACUUUGAAGCGGUCUCGGCCGUUCCGCGGGCCCGGCAGCUGGUAGCCCGCGGGAAGAGGGCUGCCUGGCCGCGGCCAAUGUCUGCCGCGCUUCCUCUGCAGUAUGAAGACACCGGAGGCGCCACUGUUGGCUCCGGACUGCCUUCCUUCAGACCGGGUACCAGAUCCAGCCCCUCUCUCUCCUCAGGCUUCCCCGAUGGAUAAAAAUACGGACCCUGAACUGAUGCCACCGACACCCGAUGGCGAUGAUCCGCCCCGGGUGUCCCCAGAUCCCAUGGCUGUCUCAGCUGUGUCCCAGGAGCUGGAGGAGGGGGACCCAGCUUCUCUCUCCAUUCCCCUGGAAACAGGGUUUGGUAUUCCUAGUGGGUUGAGCCCUCGAGUCGAAGAGCAAGAACUUUCUGAAAAUGUGAGCCUUCCUGCAGAAGAAACGAACAGGCCAGAGUUGGGGCCCGGAGAAGACGUGGAAGGUGUGUUUGAGGAACCCGCUCCAGAGGAUGAGGGAUACACCGUCUGGAACUACAGCUUCUCCCAGGUACCUCGGUUUCUCAGCGGUUCCUGGUCAGAGUUCAGCACCCAACCUGAGAACUUCUUGAAAGGCUGUAAGUGGGCCCCUGAUGGUUCCUGCAUCUUGACCAAUAGUGCUGAUAACAUCCUGCGGAUUUAUAACCUGCCCCCAGAGCUGUACAAUGAGGGGGAGCAGCUGGAAUAUGCAGAAAUGGCCCCCGUCCUUCGAAUGGUGGAAGGCGACACCAUCUAUGAUUACUGCUGGUAUUCUCUGAUGUCUUCAGCCCAACCAGACACCUCCUACGUGGCCAGCAGCAGCCGGGAGAACCCGAUUCACAUCUGGGAUGCCUUCACUGGAGAGCUCCGGGCUUCCUUUCGCUCCUACAACCACCUGGACGAGCUGACGGCAGCCCACUCGCUCUGCUUCUCCCCGGAUGGCUCCCAGCUCUUCUGUGGCUUCAACCGGACUGUGCGUAUCUUCUCCACGUCCCGGCCCGGCCGCGACUGUGAGGUCCGAGCCACGUUUGCAAAAAAGCAGGGCCAGAGCGGCAUCAUCUCCUGCAUAGCCUUCAGUCCAACCCAGCCUCUCUAUGCCUGUGGCUCCUACGGGCGCUCCCUGGGUCUGUACACCUGGGAUGAUGGCUCCCCUCUUGCCUUGCUGGGAGGGCACCAAGGGGGCAUCACCCACCUCUGUUUCCACCCCGAUGGGAAUCGCUUCUUUUCAGGAGCCCGUAAGGAUGCCGAGCUUCUCUGCUGGGAUCUCCGGCAGCCUGGGCGUCCACUGUGGUCCCUGAGUCGUGAAGUGACCACCAAUCAGCGCAUCUACUUUGAUCUGGACCCGAGCGGGCAGUUCCUAGUGAGCGGCAGCACUGGUGGGGCUGUCUCUGUGUGGGACACCGGCGGGGCUGGGCAUGAGGGGAAGCCGGAGCCAGUGCUGAGUUUCCUGCCCCAGAAGGACUGCACCAAUGGAGUGAGCCUGCACCCUAGUCUGCCUCUGCUGGCCACUGGCUCCGGUCAGCGUGUGUUUCCGGAGCCCACGGAGAGUGGGGACGAGGGGGAGGAGGAGGUGGACCUUCCCCUGCUCUCCAUGCGCCACGUCCACCUUGAAUGUCAGCUUCAGCUCUGGUGGUGUGGGGGCGGCCCGGAUACCAGUGUCCCUGAUGCUCACCAGGACGAGAAGGGACAGAGAGGGACAGAGGGAGAUAGCAGCAGAGGGUCUAGGAGGCUGUGACGAAAGAGACCCCAGGAGUGGGAGCUCGGCAGCCUGGGUCUGGUUUCGGCUUUAUCCCAGAUUCCUCGUGUGACCUUGGGCAAGUCACGGGGCCUCUCUGAGCCUCAGUUUCUUCAUCACUGCAACGGGGAUCCUUAAGCUCUGCC